UCCAGUUACGGACACACGCGUAGAGAGGAAACAGUAGGGAGACGCUACGAAAGUAAGCCCAUAAAAGCAAGUAAGCUAAUAGGCAAGGAGUUUUGCAGAACCCAAACCAAGGGAUAACCAGGCACACUCAACUGAAAGAAAAAGAAAAGCUAGAGAAGGGGGGGGGGGGCAGUUGCUGUCCAAUUAUCGCGACGUUUUGAAGAAAUAAACCGGCUGAGAUUUCUGGAGCAGCGUCGUUUCCCUCCGCCUCCCGAUUCUUCUUCUCUUUUCACUCUCCCUCUCUGCCUCCCCAAAGCAGGACUCCUCUGACCCACCUUCCUGGCACUCUUAGCCAUCCAUGAGUGUGACCAACUCCUCUGCCUAUCGAUCGGAGCGCAGUUUCCACCAGACCUCUUCCUCGUCAUCCUCGUCGUCUUCGUCCUCUGGAAACCCAUACAUGGAGAAGAGCAGGGGACUGUUUGCUGAGGACUUUGGCUCCUUCAUGAGGCCUGGGAAUGACGCCUUGGGGUUCCCCAGUGCAGCUGGGAAGAUCAAGACCCUCGGGGACUCGUACCAGUUCACAGUCGAUGUCCGGGACUUUUCCCCCGAGGACGUCAUCGUCACAACUUCCAACAACCAGAUUGAAGUGCGUGCAGAGAAGUUGGCUCAGGAUGGCACUGUGAUGAACACGUUCACCCACAAGUGCCAGCUGCCGGAGGACGUGGACCCCACCUCCGUGACGUCAUCACUCGGCACCGAGGGAACUCUGACAGUCAGGGCACGCAGACAUCAGGCCAAACACGAGCACACGCAGACCUUUCGCACGGAGAUCAAGAUCUAGAGGCGGACUUCGCUCCUCCGCCACGGCUCCCCAUUCCCUCACCUGGGUUUUGUAUGCUACUUCCCCCAUUUCCUGCCUUCUGCAAAGUCACUGUACAUUCUGCUGCAUGAGUGCUGUUGUAAUGAAACAUAGUGUGUCUUCUCUCCUCCAUGACUGCACCUGUGUAUCAUGUUAAUUUGUUUUGUUUUCGGAGUAAACUGCAUACACAUGUUAAAUAUGCAAGCUCAUUAUAUUGAUGCUUUUUUUUUUUAAAAACAGCCUGAGACACGUGCACAUACACAUUCUCACUCCCUCAAACGCUCACAGCACUUUCUCUGUACCCCUCUCUCUGAAUCUCUAACUCAAUUCUGCAACUUCUACUCAACUUGGAUACUUCUGACUGUUCGCUAAUAAUUUAUUGUAUACUGUUAUUUGUCUGAACAAAUGUUCCUGUUUUGCAAGUAAAAGCACCAACACGUCGAUUGUUGGCCAACGAUAGAUGUGUGGUGUUGCGCCUUAAUCGAUAUUUCUGUCAAAAGUGGAUGAAGAGAACGAAUUCACGAAAUAAACCACCGUAGGAUUUCCCUUACGAAUAAAACAAUGUGCGCUUUAUUCGUAAAAACUUGUGUACUUUGUGCUGCAUGAAGUACACAAGUUUUUAAGUCUAGAAAAUUGAAAUCUUCUGAGUCCUUUUGAAUCAAACGUGUGAUAUACGCGCUGACAACAUGCAUUUUGCAAAAAUAAAUCCUAUACUUGAACCGCUGAAUCUCGAUUUGCUUGUAA